AACGGAUAUAUUCUGAGAAUAUGGGGGGAAGAGUGUUAGAUGAUUUCAUUCGUCUGAUUGAGACAGCGGAGAGACUGGAAAAUCUUAGCACUUCUUCAAAUCAUUCUGAGAGAAAUCAGCAACAGAAAAUUUUUCCCGUGGUUCCGCCCCUGCAGCUCCCCCCAGCUAGUAGCAGGAGUAGAGGGUCUGCAGUACACUAUAUUGGAGCACCAAUAUCUCAUUGUGGACUCACAAUUUCAGGACAAAGUACAGAUCGAAGCAGCUCAAGGACAUCUCCUCCCACUACUGUGUUAAAGAGAGAGAAAUCAAUACCACCAACUCCACACUCAUCUCGUCCUCCUAGUGCCACCCUUUCUCGUCCUCCAAGUGCUACCCCUUCUCGUCCUCCCAGUGCUACCCCUUCUCACCCUCCCAGUGCUACCCCUUCUCGCCCUCCCAGUGCUACCCCUUCUCGUCCUCAUAGCGCCACCUUCUCUCGUCCUCCGAGCGCCACCAAUUCGCAGCCCCCUAGCGCCACCUCUUCCCGCCCAUCUAGCGGCAAUCCUUCCUGUCCCCCUUCUCCUGUCAAACAAUCCAGAACAUCCUCCCAGGACCGAAAGUCCCUCCCUUCCUCGCCUCUGCGACAAUCUAUCCCACCCUCUCCUUCUCCUAAUUCCCCCUUUGUAAGAAGAAUAUCAAGGGAUGCUCUGCCAGCAGUUCGAAAAAGUCCACGUUCUGCUGCAUGUAGUCCAGCGGGCAGUAGGAAAAAUUCAAAAGCUGAGUUGACGGAUCAAAGACGACCUCCGAGACCUCGACCUAUGUCAGCCUCUCCCAGUCCGGUCAGAUCUCCUCCCAAAGCUGCUGAAUAUUCCUCUACACAAUCCUACUCCAGUAGUACAUUUUCCUCAACCCACUCUUCUCCGGAGAAAUCCGGGAAAUCAUCUUCAAACCCAACCAGUUCAAGGAGUACACACAGUACAAGACGAAGCAAAAGAGUCACUGAUCAAGGUGAUGUUAGACAAGAGGAGAAUAACAGUUUAUCCAGCAAGAGAAGUUCUUGGAUUGCGUCAACUUCUAGAUCAGAGAGAUGCUCCCCAAGAGAAAGAAAAAGUUCAGACCAACUUGAAGAGGAACAAUCUGGAAUAUCUUUAGAAAAAACAACAGCUAAUGAAACAGCAGGCUACACCAAGAAAAAAGUUAAAAUGGCGGACAAUAAUCCCACGAGGCAGGGACUACUAAAAAAGGCGGGAAAGUCUGAAAAUAAUUUAAAGAAGAAUGAAGCCCCCAGAAGCCUACCUCUGAGGGGAAGAAGACGACCUGUAAGUGCUCCGAAUAAAAAAUCUGGAGUCUCCAUUAACCAUCCAACGCCUGUUGUCAUUCCUCCCGCGCCACUAGGAGACUACAGUGCUAGUCUAAAACUGGUUGGAGUAGAUAUACCUUCUAGUAGAAGAGAAGGGACUAAACUCACAACACAAGAGGUGGUAGUGAAGGUGAAUGCUCCGACCCUGAAAACCAGGCUGGCCGGCCGAUCACAAUCCUUCUCAGAUCUCAAGAAUAUUAUUCAGAAAGGAAUGAACAAAUCAGAGUUUGACCAAAUCAGAAAAGAUUUGAAAAAUGCAGUUUUUGAAGAAUGGUAUUUUAAAAAGUACACGGAAGCAAAGGAAGCUAAAUUACGACAGGAAGAGGAGGAGGAAGUAAAACGGAAACAAGAAGAGGAAAAAAAGAAAGAAACCGAAGAAAGGGCCAAAGAAGAAUUUGAAAAAUGGAUGAGUAAAAAAAAGAAAGAAACUUUUCAAAAUAAGCUUAUCUCUAAAACUGGGAAAAAAGUUGUGGAAAAGAAAGUUGACAAAGAGCUAUUAGAAAAGAAGAGAAAAGAAUGGAUGGAAGAAAAAGAUAAAGAACUCACAGCUUUAAAAGAACUUAAGAAGAAAAAGAAAAAAGAUGCCGAAGAAGCAGAAACUGAAUUAAAGAAGAAAAAAGAAGAUGCAGACAAGGCUUAUAAAGCCUGGAAGGAAGAAAAAAUGAAUUCCUUGAAGAAAAAGAUUGAGGAAGAGAAAGCUAGAUUAGCAAAGAAGAAGGAAGACGACAUAGAGAAAAGAAAAGAUGCUGACGCAGCAUUCAAGGGUUGGACCAAUCAUAAAAAAGAAAUUCUGAAAAACAAAGAAAAAAUAAAGGAAAAGGAUAAUUUCGAAGAGAAGGAAACGAAGAAGAAUGUGAAUGAGGAGGCGAAAGAGGAGAAUGCAAAAUUAGCAUAUCAGGCUUGGUUGGAGGAUAUAGAGAGGAGGGAGGAGGAGGAGCAGGAGAGGGAGAAGGAGGAGAGAGAAAAAACAAGAUGGCGGCCUCCCUGGUAUCCGGUUGGACCCACGAGACAAAUAGUUUGAGGGGACAAUCAACGAAUUUUAGCUUUCAAUUGAAAAAAUUAAGAGUCACAAUAACGUUUCAAAUCAGAAUAUGCUCCUUGGAUACAAUCCCCGGGUUUUCUAACUGACAGCAAUGUGGAUUUAUAUUUAGCAAAAUCAAUUCAGAAAAUGAGCAAGUUAACUUUCCAAAUCUAGAAAACAACUUCAUGGACACAAAAGGUUUAAGGUGUUUAACGGAUAAAAAUUGAUUUAUGACUGUAGAGGAAAUUUCAAGCGACCCUGAAAUUAAAAUAGCGGCUUUUCCUAUUCACACCAGUACCCUUUUCAGCUCUGUCUGUGUAAAUAUUAUGAAGUUAUCUCUCUUGAAAGAAAAUGUCAGAAUUCAAAUAAACACUUUUCCAGAAACAAAAUAUUUAUUUUUACUCAGAUAAAGGUUUUAAUGGGCAGCUGCAACUCUUUAAUUGAAGAGUCAAUUGAAAAUAGGUUUACAAUCUCUUUUGCAAUGGAUAUAAAUGUUUUUCUUAAAUACUAUUUCCAAUUUCCAAUAAAAAACUCCACGUUUUGUACUGAA